CGGGCUCCUGGCAUAGUGAGGAGGGGGCAAGCCCAGCGGUGUCCUCCGCCCCCUCCCUCCCUGCCUCCCUCGGCUGCAGCCCCCGGGCACUGAAGCCCCUCCAGCAGCGCCAGGGUCGCGCCUGCGCCUUCGGGGCCUGGAGCGGCAAGCCGGGCCUUUGGGCAGCGGCCGGCUUUUGUCCCCUGCAGGCAGCAUCUGCCGGCCGGCUUCUCCUCCUCGCCCGGCGGCCAAACGAGCCCGGAUCUGGCCAGGAAGAGGAGGAGGACGAGGAGGAGAUCGCGUGGACCGCCUUAUCUCCGGCGCGCCGCGGGAGCCGCCCUCGUUGGCUUGCCUUCUUCCCUCCUUCUCAGUCCCUCCUCAAGCCAAGAUCCCCUGCAGCUCAGCCGCCUUGAAUAGAGAGGAAACACCUCCCUCCCUGCCCAUAAAGGCGGCUUACUUCAAAGCUUCCCCUUUUGUCUGCCUCCCUUCUCUGGAGAGUCUGGUUGCAGCUCGCCUGGUUCUGCCCUUGGGAUGCUUUCUUGGAUCUGCUGCUGCUGCUCCUGCCUCAACCCGUGGCCAUGUCUUGCUAGCCCCUUGAAGAAAGCAGCUGGCAAUAGAGGAGGUGCUGGGCUCUAAAGCGGCCUCCAAAGGUAACCUCGGAUGGAUGCAGGGAUGCCGGGUGGCAAGGUGGAUGCUGGUGGCAAUGCGGCCGCCCCACGGAGAUCCGAGGCCCGAGACGGGGUGGCACAAAGAGAGGAGGAGCAAGAAGAAGAGGGGGACGAAGACCUCCGAGAUGGUGGGGUCCCCUUUUUUGUGAACCGGGGAGGGCUCCCCGUCAACGAAGCCACCUGGGAAAGGAUGUGGAAGCAUGUGGCCAAGAUCCACCCGGAGGGAGAGAAAGUCGCUCUGAGGAUUCGGGGAGCCACCGACCUACCCAAGAUCCCUAUACCGAGUGUGCCUACGCUCCAGCCGUCCACCCUGAUCCCUGAGCGCCUGGAAGCCAUACAGCGCUACAUCAGGGAACUUCAAUACAAUCAUACCGGGACACAGUUCUUUGAAAUCAAGAAAAGCAGGCCUUUGACUGGGCUGAUGGAUCUAGCCAAAGAAAUGACGAAAGAGGCUCUACCCAUCAAAUGUCUAGAAGCUGUGAUCCUUGGAAUUUACCUCACCAACAACAUGCCAACGCUGGAGCGUUUUCCCAUCAGCUUCAAAACCUAUUUCUCAGGGAACUACUUCCGCCAUAUUGUGCUGGGAGUGAACUUUGGGGGGCGCUAUGGGGCUCUGGGCAUUAGUCGGCGUGAGGAUCUCAUGUACAAGGCACCAACUUUCCGCACCCUGAGCGAACUCAUCUUUGACUAUGAGGAGGCAUACCGGCGCUGCUGGCACACCCUAAAAAAGGUGAAGCUUGGCCAGUGUGUGUCCCAUGAUCCACACAGCGUGGAGCAGAUUGAGUGGAAACACUCCAUCUUGGACGUGGAAAAGCUGGGCCGUGAGGAAUUCCGUAAGGAACUGGAGAGGCAUUCCCGUGACAUGAGACUAAAGAUCAGCAAAGGAACAGGGCCACCAUCACCCACCAAGGAUAGGAAAAAGGAUGUAUCAUCUCCACAGCGAAGUCAAUCCAGUCCACAUCGUCGCAAUAGCAGAACAGAGAGGCGACCAUCUGGAGAGAAGAAACCCGCAGAGCCCAAAGCCAUGCCAGAUUUGAAUGGUUACCAAAUCCGAGUGUAAAGAAUUUCCUACUAUUUGUGGACUACUCUCUGGCCAACAUUUUUGAACCAUUUCUAUCUGCAGUAUGCACAAUGAAAGAAGAGGAGGCAACACAGUGGGCACAAUGUCUUGUGAGUGUGUGUAGUUUCUCUCUCUCAAGGUUUUUCCUGCAUUAUUGUUCCCAGAGUUUUAGUCUGCAGCAUACUGUGCAUUAAUUGUCUGACAUCCAUGGGGAGAUCUUUUUUGAUGGCAUGGCUAAACUCUUAAAGUAUCAGACCUGCUGACCAAGAUAGGGGAUCUAUGCUCUAAAAGCCCUGAUGAGAAAAGGACUAUCCCAGCAACCUACUGGUCCAUGCAGAGCUAGAAAGCUUUUAACUGUUUCUAGACUCUCAGUGAACCCCUUUCUCUCCUUCUAAAAGAAUGAAGAUAAUAUGGAAACCCCAGAAGAAUGCAAAAUACAGCUGGGAAUGAACAAACAAGUGCUAAUCCCUGUAGAAGGAUUUCUGAAUUUUUACUGUCUUGACAAUUUUAAUAUUUUUUAACAAGAAUGGGAAGGGGCGAGGGACAACUGUAUCUUCACAUAUCACUGACUUGAUGCUUAUGCUCCAGUUUCAAAUGAUGGUGUGCCUUGUAUGAUGACAACUUGCUCCCCCAUCACAUAGCUCCAUCAGCCAGCCAACUGGCUCAGUCUCCAGGAAAUGGGUCUUUGAAGGAGGCAACUCAAGUGGCACCUGAGAAAUCAACUAAAGGACAGUGAUGGCUUAAUUGUCUUGUAAGGACAGUUUCCCAUUGCAAAAGAUGCAAGAGGAUUGGUUGGAGACCAGAUUUCUAUAUCUUUACUUACUGGUGCUGAUUUGUUGAUUGAGCAUUCUAGCCUUUCAAGUGACAGGUGCCAGAGGGAGAGAAAACAGAUCCCUCUGAAUAGAUUCCAUAUGUAUGUUUGCCUUUUGAUGGAAAAAUGUCUUACUCUUUUUCUAGCAACACACACCUUGCUCUGUUCCCUUACCAAGGUGUGUUUGUUCGUACUGUAUGAAGAUCACAUAUUAUUUUUAUUGCUUUUAACAAUUGAGUUAUCUGGCUAUUGAUGUAUGAAGGGGGUGGGGGGCACAUUAUUUUCUGUGUAGGAUGUGUCAUGUUUUGUGCUCCCUAGUCUUUCUCCCUAGUCCUUUCCCCUGUCUUCCUGACUUCUGCAACAUUUUAACAAUUGCAGGGUUUUCUUGAACUGGUCUGGACCAAAGUCUUGAGCUGCCUUUCUCUUUGUCCUUUAUAUUUCAAGUGACUUUACACCUUACUUAAAAAAAUCUUGAUAAUUAAACAUGAUAGCUGGUUUUAGUAGAAGCCUGCUUAAAUAUGGACACUUUGAAAGCAUAUCUCAAACUUGGUUCACAACUUUUUAUAACCAAUCUGAUUGGACAGAAGUAUCUAAGUAAAAUUCCAUAAAUUGAGGGCUACUUUAAAGUAGACAGUAAGGAUACAACUUUUUUGCCCAUUUGCAAUUUUUGAAGGAGACACUUCAUCCAGGUAAUGAGGGUCUGGUUUAAUAAAGGACAAAACUGAAAGGGGAGAUGGGAUUGUCUGGUCACAGCAUUAAGGAAGCCUGUAUUGGGAGAAGAAAUGUGGUAAAUACUGAUUGAGAGAGCUCUAGGGGAAUGGACUUCCCCCAUCCUAGUUGGAUAUCUCAUUCAAUGGGAACAGUUAAAGUUGGGAAAACUAAUCUCUUAACAUUGUUAAAAGAGAAUAAAGACCUAUCAAGAGCUCAUGUAUUAUGUACAGAGGACCUGCACCAUGCUUUCUAUACGGUGUCUUGUUUCUCUGUUCAGCCUGACCAGCUCAGGCUACAUUUCAAUCAUCACAGGAAAUGUGAUUGCUUUCUUUCACUUUUCUAUUCUUCCUCAACCUCAAUAAUCAGACAUUUUUAGUCUUUAAUUUGGCCAUCUUUUCACAACAAAGUAACUCUGAUCUAUCUAGUGAACAGCUACGGUGUAAUUAAACACUUUCAGAAAGUAUGUGCUGUGGAUAUCUCUCACUGAAGAAGCUGGGUGUAUUGUUGCCGAUCAGGACCAUGUUUUUGUGUAUAUUGGGGAAUGGGUGUGAAACAAUGUGAUGUGAGUUUCCAGUCCUGUCCCACUGAAAAGGUGAGACUUGCAGUAUGCUAACAUCAAGUGAAGGGAGGGAGGGCGGGGUAAAUCUACAAUUGAAAUAUUUAUGCUACAGAAAUUGCAUAAAGACUUAUGAGCCAGGUGCAAACAUAUCAUGUAUGUCCACAAAGAGUAUUAAGAUGUUUGGAGCAUUGUUUAGGGCACUGUGCAUCAUGCUUGUGGCUAGUUCCUUUUUGUCUCUACAAGUAAAAAAAAUACCACUUUUCGAUAUGACUGGAUCAUAUUUAUAUCUAAAAAUGGAUAUUCUUUUUGUAGUUUACAGUGAAUCUGAUUUUUGGAUAAUAAAUUGUGGAAACUACUGCAAA